CGUAGACGCCUAAAUUUAUCCAGAUAUCCCAAGGUUUGGUAGUCUCAGUCAAAUCUACCACCUCCAUCUAUGAAAGGUAGACUUGCUUAGUCCUUCGAGGACUUUAUGACUUAUUUUCUUAUGACAAGGACGGGAAUUGGCUUCGGCCAUUCACACACCAUGAGGUUUAAGACCGAGGGACAUUCGUGGGAUGGGCGCCUCCACAGAAGUGCUUGCUCAUCCAACAAUAGGAUGGUUUUUGACCCACUGCGGCCUCAUGUCUCCUUUGUAGAGCAUGCACAGUGAGAACGGUAUAUUUAGAUCUAGAGGUUCUGAGAAUGGCCAAAAAAUACCACGGGAUGACGGAGAUACAAUGUACAGAUGCGUCCCGUCCCGUCCCACUUCCUUCGGCACGCAAAGCCAAAAAGUUCAACGAAACUACUCUCGCCCAAAGAGAGUCCUCUCUCUUCAGAAGCAAGGCGGAAGACAACUCCAGAUCCUCCCGCUCGCCGACUUCCAAUUCUUCUUCGUCUGAGAGAACCGCUCCAACAACUCCGCCACCACCCAUACCACCGACAAGCCGUCAACUUCGACUUUCAACUGCACGGCCAUGCAUACUUUACGGUUCAUGUACUAUAUUGUUAUACGAUUAACACUUGACAACUGCAGUAUACAUUUUCUCCAAAUGUUUCUAGUACAGUAUGUGCCACUGACGGUACAUUGAAAUCAUCACUGUAAUGUUAUAGCAACUCCUUCAAUAAACAUACAUUAUGUUUCCCU